AUGGAGGGAGGCGGCGCGGAACAAGCACCCGAGGCGGCGGCGGAGGUGAAAAAUCCGAGGUGCUUCAUGGACGUCACCAUCGGCGGCGAGAUGGAGGGGAGGAUCGUUGUAGAGCUCUACGCGUCCGUGGUACCGCGGACGGCGGAGAACUUCCGCGCGCUCUGCACCGGGGAGAAGGGCAUCGGCGCCGCCAGCGGCAAGCCGCUUCACUUUAAGGGCUCAUGCUUCCACCGUGUUAUUAAAGGGUUUAUGGUUCAAGGUGGAGACAUAACUGCUGGAGAUGGAACGGGGGGAGAGUCAAUUUAUGGGUCCAAAUUUGAGGACGAGAAUUUUGUUUUAAAGCAUGAGAGGAAAGGAAUGCUUUCAAUGGCUAAUUCUGGUCCCAACACAAAUGGUUCUCAGUUUUUCAUCACUACCACGCGGACACCUCAUUUAGAUGGGAAACAUGUUGUUUUUGGUAGAGUGAUAAAAGGGAUGGGGGUAGUUCGCUCUAUUGAGCAUGUCACUGUUGGAGAAGCUGACUACCCCACUCUUGAUGUCAAAAUUGUUGAUUGUGGGGAACUUCCUGAAGGUGCUGAUGAUGGAGUUGUAAACUUUUUCAAAGAUGGUGACACGUAUCCGGAUUGGCCCAAUGAUCUUGAAGAGAAGCCUGCUGAGGUUUCAUGGUGGAUGGAUGCUGUGGAGUCUGCUAAAGCUUAUGGGAAUGGCAAUUUCAAGAAACAGGACUACAAAGCAGCUCUCAGAAAGUACAGGAAAGCUCUGCGCUACUUGGAUGUUUGCUGGGAGAAAGAAGAGAUAGAUGAAGAUAAGAGCACAGCACUGCGGAAGACCAAGUCAAUAAUACUCUCUAAUAGCUCCGCAUGCAAAUUAAAAUUAGGAGAUUCAAAGGGUGCUUUAUUAGACGCGGAUUUUGCACUGCGUGAAACGGAGGGAAAUGCUAAAGCUUUUUUCCGACAAGGACAGGCACACAUUGCACUUAAUGACAUUGAUGCAGCGGUGGAGAGCUUCAAACAUGCAUUGGAGUUGGAGCCAAAUGAUGCUGGAAUCAAAAGAGAGCUGGCUGCUGCAAAGAAUAAGAUUGCUGACAGAAGAGAUCAGGAGCGGAAGGCAUUUGCUAGGAUGUUCCAACCUUCUGGAAAAUCUGACAAGAGCAACGAAGUAAUUUUCCAGUACUGA